AUGCUCCCAAGGUCCUCGGGAGCACAUCCAUCGCUUCGUUCGUCGUGGUACAGGGGCCUGAAAUCCAAUCCAACCGCUCGUCCGAGUCUUUUGUUACGCAUCUCGUCUGCGACUAGCCCCGCGCUGUUCAUUCGGUCCCGUUCUCCGUCUCCAUCGUUUGGCCAGCAGACCCGCUUCUUCUCCCAUACCUCUUCCCACACGGCGUGUGCCAAUCCCCCAAUCAUGAGCCAGAUCGACCGCAUCACAGAGCGCCUGGAAAAGCCAGAGCUUGAUGACCGCUCUUACCGUGUUAUUCGUUUACCGAAUCAGUUGGAGGCGCUGCUAGUGCAUGAUCCCGAUACCGACAAGGCUAGUGCCGCCGUGAACGUCAAUGUCGGCAAUUUCUCCGAUGAAGAUGAUAUGCCAGGCAUGGCUCAUGCGGUAGAGCAUCUGUUGUUUAUGGGAACAAAAAAGUACCCCAAGGAGAAUGCCUAUAACCAGUACCUCGCCUCCCAUUCCGGUUCCUCUAAUGCCUAUACUGCCGCAACCGAAACCAACUACUUUUUUGAGGUGUCUGCCACGGGCGACUCCAGCGAGCCGAAAUCCAGCGGACAGAACACCCCGACCACGGAUUCGACCAAUGGCACCAAUAGCGUCGUCAGUGAUGCCUCCAGCGGCUCGACAGAGACAGAGGGUCGAUCACCCUUGUACGGUGCUUUGGAUCGCUUCGCCCAGUUCUUCGUAUCCCCGCUUUUCCUUGAGUCCACAUUAGAUCGUGAGCUGCGGGCCGUGGAUUCAGAGAACAAGAAGAACCUGCAGAGUGAUCUGUGGCGAUUGAUGCAGCUUAACAAGUCCCUCUCGAACCCCAAACACCCAUAUCACCACUUCUCGACCGGUAACUUGCAGACCCUCAAGGAAGAGCCGCAAAAACGUGGCCUGGAAGUGCGCAGCGAGUUCAUUCGAUUCUACGAGAAGCACUACUCGGCCAACCGGGCUAAAUUGGUGGUGCUGGGCCGGGAAACUUUGGACACGCUGGAGCAAUGGGUCUGUGAGCUGUUCGCUGAUGUUGAGAACAAGAAUCUUGCCCAGAACCGUUGGGAUGACGUGCAGCCUUUCUCCGAGACCGACAUGUGCACUCAGGUAUUCGCGAAGCCCGUCAUGGACUCUCGCUCGAUGGACAUGUACUUCCCCUUCCUGGAUGAAGAGAACAUGAGCGAUACCCAGCCUAGUCGGUACAUUAGCCACCUCAUCGGCCAUGAAGGUCCAGGCAGUGUUCUCUCCUACCUGAAGGCCAAAGGAUGGGCCAAUGGUCUCUCCGCUGGUGCAAUGCCCAUCUGCCCUGGCUCGGCCUUCUUCACCAUCUCUGUGCGCCUGACACCCGAAGGUCUGGACAAGUACCAGGAGGUCGCGAAAGUGAUCUUCGAGUACAUUGCCAUGAUCAAGGAGCGCGAGCCAGAGCAGUGGAUCUUCGAUGAGAUGAAGAAUCUCGCCGAAGUGGACUUUCGCUUCAAGCAGAAGACCCCGGCUAGUCGAUUUACCAGUCGUCUGAGCAGUGUCAUGCAGAAGCCGAUGCCCCGCGAAUGGCUGCUGAGUGGGUCGCUGCUGCGUCAAUUCGACCCGGAGCUGAUCAAGAAAGCCAUGUCUUACCUGCGGGCGGAUAACUUCCGCUUGAUCAUCGUGUCUCAGGACUACCCAGGCAAGUGGGAGCAGAAGGAGAAGUGGUAUGGAACCGAGUAUAAGGUCGAAAAGAUUCCGCGGGACUUCCUGAGUGGAAUCCAGAAGGCUUUGGAGUCGACCGAGGCCACUCGCACAUCUAACGUGCACAUGCCCCACAAGAACGAGUUCGUUCCGACCAGGCUGUCUGUGGAGAAGAAGGACAUUUCUGAACCUGCCAAGACACCCAAGUUGAUCCGCCACGAUGACCGUGUCCGUCUGUGGUUCAAGAAGGAUGACCGUUUCUGGGUGCCUAAGGGAACUGUCCACGUCACACUGCGCAACCCUCUGGUGUGGGCAACCCCUGCCAACCUCAUCAAGACCAAGUUCUACUGCGAAUUGGUACGGGAUUCCUUGGACGAGUACUCCUACGAUGCCGAACUCGCCGGUUUGGACUACCACCUUGCGGCCAAUAUCCUGGGCCUGGAUAUCUCCGUUGGCGGUUACAACGACAAGAUGUCUGCCUUGCUGGAGAAGGUUUUGACCACCAUGCGUGGCCUGAUUGUCAACCAGGACCGCUUCAACAUUAUCAAGGAGCGUUUGAUUCGGGCUUUCCGCAACGCCGAGUACCAGCAGCCUUUCUACCAAGUCGGUGACUACACGCGGUACCUGCUGUCCGAGCGUAGCUGGAUCAAUGAGCAGUACAUUGAGGAGCUCGAGCAUAUCACCGCGGCGGACAUCACCAACUUCUACCCGCAGCUGUUGGAGCAGACUCAUAUCGAGGCCCUGGCCCACGGCAACCUAUACAAAGAGGAUGCGUUGCGCAUGACGGACUCCGUGGAGAAGAUCCUCCAAGGCCGCCCUCUGCCUCCCUCGCAGUGGUACCUUCGCCGCAACAUGAUGAUUCCCCGGGGCAGCAACUACGUCUACCCGCGGACUCUCAAGGACCCGAACAACGUGAACCACUGUAUCGAGUACUAUCUAUAUAUUGGCCUGUUUUCCGACGACCUGUUGCGAUCGAAGCUCCAGCUUUUCGCUCAGCUGACCGAUGAGCCUGCCUUCGACCAGCUUCGCAGCAAGGAACAGCUCGGAUAUGUGGUGUGGAGCGGCUCCCGCUACAACGCGACCACCAUGGGCUACCGCGUGAUUAUUCAGAGUGAGCGCACCGCACAGUAUCUGGAAUCUCGCAUCGAAAGCUUCCUGCGAGAGUUUGGACCCGUUCUUGAGAACAUGCCCGAUGAUGAGUUUGAGGGACACAAGCGCAGUGUGAUUAACAAGCGCCUGGAGAAGCUCAAGAACCUGGGUUCGGAGACCGGCCGCUACUGGUCUCACGUUGGCUCGGAGUACUUCGACUUCUUGCAGCACGAGUCUGAUGCGGCUAAUGUCCGCACCUUGACCAAGGGCGAUCUUAUUGCUUUCUACAAGCAGCACAUUGAUCCUUCUUCGACCUCUCGCGCCAAAUUGGCCAUCCACCUGAACGCGCAAUCCGGCGCCCAGCCCGAGACCAGCGCCAAUGAAAAGCGCUCUCGCCUCGUCGAUGUUAUCUAUAAACAGAUUGAGACUGCCGGGUUUGCGGUGGACAAUGCUCGUCUGGCGUCCGCCUUUGAUGAGAUCGAUAUUGAGGUGAUUGAUCGUGCGCAGAUCAUCUACAUUGUCAAGACCUUCCUGGCCACCGAUCUGAGUUUGUCACCGGCCCAGAUUGCGCCUGUGACGGAGAAGUUGGACAAGAACAUUGGAAUCCAGCUGAAGCAGCUGGGCCUGGAAACCAGCAGCACCGACAAGGCCGUCACUAAUGGCACCAGCAUCCCGGCCAGCCCCGAGGAUCCCAUCAUCAUCACGGAUGUCACUACUUUCAAGGCCCGUCUCCCCGUCAGCACCGGACCGGUUCCGGUCACGGAUCUCAGCGAAUUUGAGGAUUUUGAUGCGAAGCUGUGA